AUGGUAUAUAAAGCGCAAGAUUAUUUAGAAAGUAUUGCCAAAAGAUUAGGUUAUUCAAAUUAUGAAUCACGAGAUCUUAAUGAUUUAAUAAAAUUUGUCAAUUAUGAAUUAUAUAAUAGAUUAGGACAUGCAAAUUAUAAUUUUAAAAAAGAACCUUUUGGUCAAGAUAGUGAAGUAAGUAUCAAAACUUCAAAAAAAGUAUAUAAUACAAAGAAGCUGGUAAAGAAGUUUGCAAAAAAGCUAACAAAGAAGCCUAUUAAAGUUACUUAUAAAUGCUCAAAUUGUGAAAAAAUUGGGCAUAGAAAAAAUAUGUGUCCCGGUCUUAUUAAGAAACUUAAAAAAGUUAAUAAUGUUUAUCAAAGUGAACCAGAAAAUUCAGAUGAUGAGGAGAACCAGACUCCAAACUCUUCAAGAGCACAAAUAAGACAAAAUUGGUUUAACCCUUUUGAAAUUGAUUUUCUCGAUAUAAAAGAACCUAAUGAUGUAGCAACGAUUUCAUGUAGAAUAGGUGACUUGAUAAUACCUUACGCAAUUCUAGAUACCGGUGCAAAUGAUUCAUUAUAUACUGAUAAUAUUCCUGAGUAUUUAGGGAUAAAAAUAGAUAAGAAAAAUAUUCACAAACUUACUGGCGCAGUUGGAGAUUCACAAUCUAUUGGUACUACAUAUAAUGUUCCUAUAACCAUAGGCACUGAAGAAGAUUCUAUAACAGUUUUUGAAAAAGAAAUAUCUGUAAUCUCCACAAAAAAGAAUCGAAAUGGAAAAGACAUAUCUAUAAUGAUACUUGGUACAAAAUGGCAACAUCGUGUUGGGUGGGAUCUGAUAGUGAAAGGAGAAUUCACAGCUACACACAAUGGAAAGACUAUUACAAUUUCUUUUUCUACUCGCAAAGAAUCACAUAAUGCAUUUAAUACAGAAAAAUUACAGACGUCAGAGCAACUCAUAAAAACUGAAGAGUGGCUUGAUAAGGCUUUAAAUGCAGGAAAAGUUCUUGCAGAAAGAUGUUUUCAGCUUACUGAGACAAAGAUGGGAGCAUAG